AGAUACCUACACCUCUGCGUAUGAUAAAUGAAUCUCAAAGUCCUUUGAUUGUCUCUUGCCGCGUUCAGAUGAUAGUAUAGCCAGUUCAAUGAAAUAUUCUCGUUUGUAGACUUGUUGAAGUAAUCGUAGAACGUAAAUACUAGUGACAUUUCAUUCCAUUAUCCAUUCCAGUAUAUACUGAGUAUCUAAUUAUUCCUUUGCUGUCUUGUUUCACCUUCCUAACCUAUAAACUUUCUAGUUUUUUCAUAUUUCACUUCUCACCUGCAACCUGUUUUGUUUAUUCUGCACAAGUGAUUGAAAACGAAAAUGAUGAAACAGGCUGUGAUAAUUUUGGUGCUGUUAGGAUCUAUUUAUUGCCAAAACUUGAACAGUUUAGACUUUGAUGUCGAUUUGAAAGACUUGAAAAAUAUUGAUCUGCAAGACUUGGAGGCGAACGCUACUCAUUUACCAGGAGUCCAAGAUGUUGAGAAAGUUUUGAGGGAUAAAUGUGCAAAGAAAGGGGCACCAGAUGCCGUGGAUUUGAUGAAGGAAGAACAAAUAAACGCCAAACUGUGUGUGGAGGCUUAUGUGAACGUCACAGCGGUGCAAGAACAACUGGAAGAAGCAAAAAAAACUGGUUCUAUGGAUGAAGUGUUUGCAAAAUAUUGUAAACUUUGGCCAGAAAUUUACUCAUGCUUCGAUAACGCAACCUUGCUGGCUAGGAAAUGUAUGGACGAAAGGGAGGAAAAGUCAUUUAACAAGUCUUUGGAAAUUUUGAAGGAACUGAAAGAGUUCUCCUGUUUCAAGGAUGGAGAUAGAUUGGCCAUGUUUGUUGCUGAGGGAGGAAUAGAGUGUAUUGGAGAGAGGAGAGAAGGUGUACAAGAAUGUUUCAAUAAAACUCUUGGGGGUAGACUUCCAAAUAGUGAUGAUCUGUCAGCCUCCAGCCUGCCAGUAUUUCUUUUCUCUGAUGAAGAUUGCGAGGAUUUCGAUGAGAUUCGCCACUGCAUUAACACGGAAUUGGAGAAAUGUAGUGAGAGUACCCCAGCAAAUAUAGUCGACGCGUUUUUGAAGUUCGUCAAAAAGCAAAUGCCCUGCGAAGUUGUGAAGCCUUCUGAGAAACUUCAGGCCUCCAGUAAAGACAUCCACAGCUCUUCCAGCGCCACUGUCCUGUUUAUCACGUCACUAAUCGUGAGGUUUUACUAGGAAAAAGCGCAAGUUAUGUACUGACUGAACUUUUUUUGUACAUAUCGUUUUGAAGGUGGAAUUCGGGUAGGGUGAAAGUGGAAUAUAAAACGGCAACUUUAUGACAUUAUGCAAAGAAUUGAGAAACUUUUUUGUGGUCCUUAUUAAAAUGAAAAAUUAAAUACAAUCUGGAGAGAGUCUAUGAGAAAAUUGUAAACGUUUCGGUUUAUUGUAAUGACAUUUCUCUAGGUUUACUUUUUAUUUUGAAAUCAAAUUGAUCAAUAUCAUAUAGUUCAUAUCACAUGAAAGAUUUGUUAAUUCAAUAUUGAAGAAAACAUCAGAAGGGUUCGUUGUUAGCAUAUCUUGUUGGGUUCUGUCUCAUGGUAAUAUAGGCAAAUUUUUUUGUUCUAUUGUUAAUUUGUCUCAUUGUUAUUUAACUGUAUGCUGGUCCAUAUACAAUAUUUCGUUAUGUAUGACUCUGUUCCGGUUGUGUAACUUCUUCUGGCUAGUGUGUCUUAUAUACAAUUUGAAGACGUUUUAUACUCUUAUUUUGCAUAUGAAAUGAUGUUUAUUAUUCUCAAGUUACUCCAUCACAAACUGUAUCAUGACUCAAAGGAUUUACAAGUAUGAAGUUUUAUAUAUGUGAUAAUUGAAUGUGGUGUACCUGGUGUAUCAUUUUUUAUCCUAUUUCAUAAGAGUUUUAUAAUUAUUAUAUGGAUGAUUUGA